UCCACAUUUCCAGAGGAGAGCGACACUCAGUCCCCCUCCAACAUUUUCUGUCGAGCUCGGGUAACAAAACAAGCGGAGCAGGACUCGUCCCGCUCUCCGGGAUAGAUUAUCAGGUUAUUCCCAGGACUUGGUUUGCUCCUUAUUCUCCCGGACGUCACCUCACGCACAUAUAGCUCAUAGGAUAUAAGUUAUUUACAGUAGCACCACCGGAAAUCCUGGAAGAUGGGUUCAGUCCCGGCGAUAUCUGUCCUUAUUUUGGGCAUUGUGGUUCCAGCGCUGGCCGGCUAUAUCGAGGCACUAGCAGCCAAUGCAGGCACGGGGUUUGCCGUGGCUGAGCCACAGGUGGCGAUGUUCUGCGCAAAGCUCAACAUGCACGUCAACAUUCAGACCGGCCGCUGGGAACCCGACCCAUCUGGAACCAAGAGCUGUGUAGGAACCAAAGAGGGUGUGCUGCAGUACUGCCAGGAGAUGUAUCCCGAGCUCCAAAUUACAAACGUGGUGGAAGCCAACCAGCCCAUUCGUAUUGAGAACUGGUGCAAGAAGGAGAAGAAGGUGUGCAAAGGCCACGCCCAUAUAGUGGUGCCUUACAAAUGCUUGGUGGGCGAGUUCGUGAGUGACGUGCUUCUGGUCCCAGAGAAGUGCAAGUUCUUCCACAAGGAGCGUAUGGACAUGUGCGUCAGCCAUCAGCAGUGGCACGGUGUGGCCAAAGAGGCCUGUGCCAAGAGCUCCAUGGUGCUGCACAGCUACGGCAUGCUGCUGCCCUGUGGCAUUGACAAGUUCCACGGCACAGAGUACGUGUGCUGCCCCUCCUCUCGCGCCGGGGAGUCCGCCCCACCUUCCCUGCCCUCACAGGAGGACGACGAAGAGGAAGAGAUAGAGGAUGAGGAGAUCGACGAGGCCGACCUGGAUGAGGAGGAUGCUGUGGAGGACAGUGAAACACCAGCUGACGAGCAGCCCACACAAAAGGAGGAGCCAGUGGACGAGGAUGAGGAUGAGGAGGAGGAAGAUGAGGAGGAGUACCACUAUGUCUAUGAGGACGAGGAAGCUGAUAGGGAGGAUGAGGAUGAGAAGACAGAGGCCAACAAAAUGUCAGAGAGCCAAGAUGAAGACAAGACUCUGCAGGAAGUGAAAGCGGUGUGCACCCUGGAGGCUGAGACCGGCCCCUGCCGUGCCUCCAUGCCCCGCUGGCACUUCGACAUGAGCCAGGGGAAGUGCGUGCGCUUCAUAUACGGGGGCUGUGCCGGCAACCGCAACAAUUUCGACUCAGAGGAGUACUGCAUGGCCGUGUGCAAACGCCUGACCGUGCCCCCGACCCCUCAGCCCACCGAUGAUGUUGACAUUUACUUUGAGACCCCAGCCGACGACAAGGAGCACAGUCGCUUCCAGAGGGCCAAGGAGCAGCUGGAGAUCAGGCACCGCAAUCGCAUGGAAAGGGUAAGAAAGGAAUGGGAAGAGGCUGAUCGCCAGGCUAAGAACCUGCCCAAGGCUGAGAGGCAGACACUGAUCCAGCAUUUCCAAGCCAUGGUGGAGUCCCUGGAGGAGGAGGCAGCCAGUGAGAAGCAGCAGCUGGUGGAGACUCACCUCGCCCGCGUGGAGGCCAUGCUGAAUGACCGACGCCGUCUGGCCCUGGAGAACUACCUGGCUGCCCUGCAGGCCGACCCCCCCAGGCCCCACCGCAUCCUGCAAGCCCUGAGGCGCUACGUCCGUGCUGAGAACAAGGACCGCCAGCACACCAUCCGACACUACCAGCACGUCCUGGCUGUGGAUCCCGAGAAGGCUGCUCAGAUGAAGUCACAGGUGAUGACCCACCUGCGUGUGAUCGAGGAGAGGAUGAACCAGAGUUUAUCUCUGCUCUACAAAGUACCUUAUGUGGCCGACGAGAUUCAGGAUGAAAUUGACGAGCUACUCCAGGAGCAGAAAGCCGACAUGGACCAGUUCCUGUCGUCUAUCUCUGAGUCGCAGCCAGACGUCACCGUGUCAUCAGAGGAGAGCGUGGAAGUCCCGGUGUCUGAGGGCAAACCCUACCGGCCCUUCCAGGUCACAUCCCUGGGGUCCCGCUUAGAGCCAGAGGGCGAUCUAUCAGACUCCCCACGUGCCUUCAAGAAAGGCUCCGCCAUGUCUGGUUUGGACGGUCUGAUAGGCGCCGAGGAGAGAAUCAUCAACAGCAAACCCAAGAUCAGCGACAAUGUGGUGAUUGAUGAGUCUCUGGAUGUUAAAGAAGUGGUUUACAGUGCAGAGAGAGUCAGCGUUAUGCAUGAUGAUGAGCUGGAGUCCUACCGGCCCCUGGGAGAGGACUUCAGCUUCGGCAGCAGUGCACUGAUUGGCUUGCUGGUGAUUGCGGUGGCCAUAGCAACUGUGAUUGUGAUCAGUCUGGUGCUUUUGAGGAAGAGGCAAUACGGCACCAUCAGUCAUGGCAUUGUGGAGGUUGACCCCAUGCUGACACCAGAGGAACGUCACCUCAGCAAGAUGCAGAACCACGGCUAUGAAAACCCCACCUACAAAUACCUGGAGCAGAUGCAGAUCUAACCAGAGCCUACAGGGGGUGCAGUGGAGGACGGCAACCUAGGGGGAACAUACUACUGACCAAUAACACAUGAUGCUAUUGUUACAAUUAUUUGCAUACAUCCAAACUCCAUUUACUGGUUUGUUCAAAACAAUCCUUAAAUAAUGCUACUACUUCUACUACUGCUACUAUUGUACUAUAGAGCUCUUUUUGAUCAUGUUUCUUUUGAAAAGGUGAUGUAUCUGCCAUUUUUGCAUUACAGAAAAUGUGAUUCUGCAGAUUUCUCUGUAAUUAUCAAUACAGCUAUCUCAGAUCAAGAUGUACAACAUUUCUUCAGACAUUUUCUUUAUUUUUGAAAGUGAAAGGCAAAUCAAGCAAACUUUAAACAUUUUUGAGUAGCCAUCAUCAAACCGGCACAUACCAGACACUACACGUCAGUUUCCCAUCAUGCCAAGUGUCAUCCAAGCAGUUUCUGAUGGUUUUCUCAAAAUGAAUUGGUGUUUUAUUUUGUUCUUUUUCCUCUCAAUAGAUUGCUUGUAUAUGAAGGUUCUUUGUACCAAUUAAAAUGUAUAGUGAAACAACAAAUGAGAAAAAAAUGAAAUCAUGAAUUAUUUACUUUCUGUUCUUUGUUAUGAUAACAGACAAAAUAUACAUAUACAGUUUAAAUAUAUAUAAGAGUAGAUGUUUUUAUUCCACCUUAUUUUCCCGGGGAAGAGGUCAUGAGUUUGUUUAGGGUUCUUAGCUUGGUGGUUAUGAGUUGCGUUUGCAGGCACACUGUUAGAAAGAGUCGGGGAAGGUGAGGGUGUGCACAGGCCCCCAGCUCAAACACAUCAUACAGAACCUCCUCUGAAACCUUACUAAGUGAAUGUGAUAACAUAUCCCCUCCUACACACACAAAAACAACCUUUCAUUAAUAGGGAAACAGUAUAAAUCGAUAGAUUGAGUAAUGCCUAUUGACAUGUGUUACAUAGUUGAAUGUAUUUUGGAAGCUUUUUUUCCAUACUAUGUAUCUGACAGGUUCCCUUGUGGCUUUUAUUUCAGUGCGGUGUCACAUACAUUGUGACGGUGGGCGAUGACAUGCCACAAACUGACAAAUAAGGGUUUUUUUUUUGUUUGUUUGUUUGUUG